AUGGCGACGGGCCCCCUCUCCAGCAGCGUCGAUGCCUGGGCCGAGAUGGCGACAGGUGCUACCAGUGGCGUGGACGUCGUUGGCGGCGGCUGCAUCCUCGGCGUCGGCGUCGUUGGCGCCGCGGGCGUCGGCAUCGGCGUCGUCGGACCGGGGAGGCUGGGCCGCUGGGCGGCGGGGCGCACGGCCGCCUCUGGGAGCUUUGCGGGGGCGCGGGCCCCGUGCAGCUCCACAGGGGGAGCAUGGGCCGUGGUCUUCGGGGGCGAUCUCGGACUGGGCCGGAAUCCGCCGUCGGCGCCGGCGGUCAGUUCGCGGGAAGAAAUGGCGAGGCCGAUCAACCUCGCGGGGUGCGCGGCAGAGUUCCUCGGAAUGUUCCUAUUCGUGGCCUUCUGCUGCGGCACCGCCACCGGCGUCGCUGGGACCGGCGGGUGGGUACAGCAGGUGGCGCUGACGUUCGGGCUGUGCAUCUUCGUGCUUGCGAGCGCCCUCGGGCGGUGGGGGCUCCAGUGCAACUUCGCGGUGACCUUCGGGCUCGCGGUCGCCACGUGCUUCGGCAUCGGGGACAUGGGGACCCACCAAGCGUUCGCGAACCUCGUCUUCCAGGUCCUCGGCUCGGUGGCCGGGGCUGCGCUGGUUGCGGCGAUCAAGGACAAGGACAGCGAUCUGACCGGGACUCUGGGCUCCAACAUGAUCGCGGAUGACAUCGGCAUCGGGGAGGCGCUCGCAGGCGAGGCCCUGGGGACGUUCUUGCUUGUGUUCAUGGUGAUGCAGGCUGUCGUGGACAAGACGAAGAACGCCACGAUGCCCCUGGCCAUCGGCACGGCUGUCUACAUCGCCCACUCCAUUCUCAUCCCGAUCGACGGGUGCUCCAUCAACCCGACCCGCUCCAUCGGGCCCGCUCUUGUCUCGACGUUCCUCGGCAGGGUCAACGAGGAGGUCAGCGCCCAGAUCUGGGGGGACAUGUGGGUCUUCUGGAUGGGCCCGCUCGGCGGCGCUCUCCUGGCGGUCCUCUCCCACGUGGCGAUGCACUCGAAUACGGACCGAGAGGGGAUCAAAGCGAAUUCAGUAUGUUCAUGCUCUGGCCGGUGGUCGGUGGCGUUCUUGGUGCUGCGGUGGGCGCUGACGUCGGCACAGCCUUCGGGAAAGCUGCCAGAGGACUUGUCGGUGCCGCUGUUGGUGCUGCUGUGGGCCUUGUCGGUGCCGCCGUCGGAGCAGCAGUCGGAGACCCUGCCAGGGCAGCGUUCGGUGGGGCAGUUGGAGCGCUCGUUGGUGCAGCCGCCGCGACAACGGUCGGUGAACGUGUCGUCUUCAAGGCAGCAGUCGGUGAACUUGUCGGUGACCUUGCCGGUGAUGGUGAAGCUCUCGGUGCGGCCGUUUGAGCAGCAGUCGGAGACCUCGUCGGAGCCGCUGCCGGCGCGGCCUUCGGCGCAACAGUCGGAGACCUUGUCGGUGCCGCCGACGACAAGGCCGUCGGAGACUCUGUCGGGGCAGCACUCGGUGUGGCAGUUGAAGUGCCAGUUGGGGCAGCAGUCGGAGAUCUUGUCAGUGCCGCUGGUGGUGCACAACGGCUCACCCGUCGGCACGGCUGCCGCAGUGACAGUCAGAAUCGAUGUCGAUCCCAUGCUUGGCGUACCUGUAGUGGACGUUGGCGCAGUGGUGGGCGAGCUUGUUGGUGCAGACAUCGGCAUCCAUGCUGCGUACAUGUCGGCGUGGAUGGAGGCCAUGGCGAGGUCGAUCAACCUCGCGGGGUGCGCGGCAGAGUUCCUCGGGAUGUUCCUAUUCGUGGCUCUCUGCUGCGGCACCGCCACCGGCGUCGCGGGGACCAACGGGUGGGUACAGCAGGUGGCGCUGACGUUCGGGCUGUGCAUCUUCGUGCUCGCGAGCGCCCUCGGGCGGUGGGGGCUCCAGUGCAACUUCGCGGUGACCUUCGGGCUCGCGGUUGCCACGUGCUUCGGCAUCGGCGACAUGGGGAUCUUCCAGGCGUUCGCGAACCUCGUCUUCCAGGUCCUCGGCUCGGUGGCUGGGGCCGUAAUGGUUGCAGCGAUCAAGGGGAAGGACAGCGAUCUGACCGGAACUUUGGGUUCCAACAUGAUCGCGGAUGACAUCGACAUUGGGCAGGCGCUCGCAGGCGAGGUUCUGGGGACGUUUUUGCUUGUGUUCAUGGUGAUGCAGGCUGUCGUGGACAAGACGACGAACGUCACGAUGCCCCUGGCCAUCGGUACAGCUGUCUACAUCGCCCACUCCUUCCUCAUCCCGAUCGACGGGUGCUCCAUCAACCCGACCCGCUCCAUCGGGCCCGCGCUCGUCUCGACGUACCUGCUCGGCAGGGUCACCGACGAGGUCAGCGCCCAUAUCUGGGGGGACAUGUGGGUCUUCUGGGUGGGCCCACUCGGCGGCGCGCUCCUUGCGGUCCUCUGCCACGUGGCGAUGCACACGAUCCGGGGGCAGACCGACGCGGGGCAGGAGAAGGAUGCUGGCGUGCUGAGCGAGAAGUGCGUCGACGCCACCAGCAAGGUGGGCCAGCAGUACGACAUGGACCCCGCCCCCAAACAAAGCGCAAUGGCGGAGGGCCAGGACAAGAGCGGAGCGGCCCAGCAGGCGACGGACGACAUGGAACAGCAGCGCGCCAGCGGCUCCCAGGCGGCAGCGCGCGCGGCUUCCGCGCGGGGCCUGGAGGCCGUGCGAGCUGCCUCGGCCAGUGCCGUUGGCGGUGAGGCCGCUGCGCCCCUGUCCGGGGUGGUGCCCGGCCCGGCGCCCACCAGCCAGCACGCGUCGCCGGCGGCCCAGGGAGGCCUGUCCAGGUGCGCGGGUCUGCUGGCGGCCGCUGGCUGCACCCCGCCGUGGAGGGGCGAAUGGGUGGCCGCGAAGGCCUCUUAG